GCCUGACGUUUUAACGCCAAGCGCUCUUUGGUUUGAUGGUAUAUGAGUUUGUUUCCGGAUGUUGUUUAGCUAGUAUCGGGAGCAAGAAUGGCUGCGAUGUUUACGUGUUGUCUAGGCUGCUGCGGAGAUGGCGGGUCGGGGCACAUUCCCCUUAAAGAAAUGCCUACUGUUCAGUUAGAUACUCACCACAUGGGCACAGAUGUUGUCAUUGUGAAGAGCGGCCGGAGGAUAUGUGGCACUGGAGGCUGUCUGGCAAACGCUCCUCUGCACCAGAACAAAAGUUAUUUUGAGUUUAAGAUCCAGUCCACUGGUGUGUGGGGAAUAGGUGUGGCUACGCAGAAAGUGAAUCUCAAUCAAGUGCCUAUGGGCAGAGACACAAACAGCCUAGUCUUGAGGCAUGAUGGGUCUGUGUACCACAAUAACGAAGAGAAGAAUCGCCUACCCGCAAACAGCCUUCCUCAGGAGGGUGACAUUGUGGGCAUCACAUAUGACCACGUGGAGCUGAAUUUAUAUCUGAAUGGAAAGAACAUGCAUUGUCCUGCCUCAGGGAUCCGAGGCACUGUAUACCCUGUUGUUUAUGUGGAUGACAGUGCCAUCUUAGACUGCCAGUUUAGUGACUUCUAUCACACAGCUCCACAAGGAUUUGAGAAGAUCCUCUUUGAGCAACAAAUCUUCUAAAGGAGCACUUUAGCCUCAGCCCCUCUUUACUUUGUCACCCUCCCCUAUAUCUCAUAGCAACAUCUGUGACACUACAGUUUAACCUUGAUUUGAUAAUAUUAUGUGUGGCUUGAAUGCCUCUUGUUUUGUUUCCGCUGCUUACUCUGUCUCUCUACUGAUGCUCUGGAUCAACGUCUGAGUAUCCUUGGAGGAGUGGGGAUUUCUGAUCAUUGGUCGGCUAUGACUAUGCUGAUGUUUAACUAUCAAAUCAUUACCUUGUGUUAGUGGUAAUCACCCCGUGUUAACUGAAACACUUUCAAUUGCUGCUUACGUUGUCAAUCUGUUUGUAGAUGCCAGACAGUGGAUGUAAUGGUAAAUUGUUCCCAUUAUUCAGGAUCAGAAGCCAUGUUUGAUUGACAUUGCUAUAUACUUUACGUUUUUUUGAUUAUGUAAUCUCCUAAAUGCCGGCAUACUGACAUCUCAGCAUACACCCUAUAUUUAUUUGUAUUUAUUUAAGUCAAAAAUCAAGUAAUGUGUCUCUUUGGUAUGACAAAAGAUGUAAUGUUUUUUGGCCAGCAAGCGUUUGUGAAUGAAAGGAUCAGCUGCCAAUACUUAAACAUCAUUCAACAUUAUUUCAUUCACUUUUGUUGCCUUUUUU